AUGACAACUGGGAUCCGCCUUGCAAUCGUACCAGCGGCCGCCACGUUGCCCCUUCUUACUGGUCUCGACACGACAGGAAAAAGAAGGGUCAUAGAGAGAGAGGAGAUGGAAACUGAGAAUAUAGUAGCACCGUUCGUUGUGAAGAUUUAUCAAAUGGUCAAUGAUCAGACGACGGACAGUCUCAUCAGUUGGGGUAGAGCCAACAAUAGCUUCAUCGUCAUCGACCCAUUAGAUUUCUCACAGAAACUUUUACCAGCUUACUUCAAGCACAACAAUUUCUCUAGCUUUGUUCGUCAGCUCAACACCUAUGGUUUUCGGAAGGUUGAUCCGGAUAGGUGGGAGUUUGCAAGUGAAUGGUUUCUUCGUGGGCAGACCCAUUUACUGAAGAAUAUUGUGAGGAAGAAGCACAGUAAGAACAAUCAUACAAUGCAAAACAAGCUUGAAGAUGAUGAAGAGGAGGAUCGUAUGUUGAUGGAGAUAGAGAGGUUAAAGCAAGAACAGAAAGCUUUGGAACAAGAACUUGAAGGCAUGAACAAGAGGCUUGAGGCAACAGAGAGGAGACCCCAAAAAAUGUUGGCGUUUUUGAGUAAAGUUGCAGAAGACCCCGAAAUUUUACCAAGAAUGAUGCUUCCGAAAGAGAAAACCAGAAGGUUUGGGGAGAAGAAGAGACGUUUGAAUUUGACUAUAUCUUCAUUACCUUCUUCAUCAGUAAUGACGGAAAAAAGUUCCGUGAAGAGUGAAGCGGAAGAAGAAAACACUGCCCUUUAUGGGGCAACGUCUUUUUCAUCGCCGGAGGCUAGUUUUGAUACGGGCAAAUUCUGUCCGUUGUCAUCGUCGCCGGAAACACCGUCCACGGCGUGGUUGAGUGAAGGACAGUUCAUGGGUCGGUAUGGGAUCACCAAAGAACCUUAUGAUUGUGCCACCACUUCUACUUCAUUGUCAUCUGGUUUUUCCGGCGGAAAUGGUUGUUUCGCGGUGGUGUCGCCGCCGGUGGAUAGAGUGGAAGGGUAUGAUAAUAUUAUAAGUGGUGGAGAUUUAGGAAACUUUGGCGGAGUCAUGGCUGGGAUAGAGACCAGUCCACCGCCUUAUCCAUUCUCCCUGCUAGGAGGUGGUUUUUAGUUGUCAAGUCUUUUCUUGAAUUCAACCUGCUUGUAAUGCUUUAUUUUUUCUAUCAAAUGCUUUAUUGUACUCUUCUAUGCGAUUCAGUAUCGUUCUAAUUACUUAUUAGGGUAAAUUGCAUAAAGUCGACUUAAGGUCAAUUGUAUGUCACUCUCCUCAACAACUGCAAGUCAGUAAAAUGAUUACAAGUUGUAAUUAA